AUGGGCACGGGCAGCUGCCGGCGGCCGUGGUGGCAGCCGCUACUGCUGCUGCUGCUGCUGGUGCAGCUCCUGGGCCCCGAGGGCGCCCGCGCGCAGGAUGAUGAGGAUGGCGACUACGAGGAGCUGGUGUUCGCCUUCUCCUCCGAGGAGGAUGGCCCAGCGGACUUGGCACAGCAAGUAGCCGUUGCAACCUUCCACCGCUGCGCCAAGGAUGCUUGGAGGCUGCCGGGCACCUACGUGGUGGUGCUGAAGGAGGAGACCCACCGCUCACAGACAGAGCGCACUGCCCGCCGCCUUCAGUCCCGUGCUGCCCGCCGGGGUUACCUCACCAAGAUCCUGCAUGUCUUCCACAAUCUCUUCCCUGGCUUCCUGGUGAAGAUGAGUGGCGACCUGCUAGACCUGGCCCUGAGGUUGCCCCAUGUUGAGUACAUUGAGGAAGACUCCUCUGUCUUUGCCCAGAGCAUCCCAUGGAACCUGGAGCGGAUUAUCCCUCCACGGUACAAAGCAGAUGACUACCAGCCUCAAAAUAGCAGCAGCCUCGUGGAGGUAUACCUCUUAGACACCAGCAUCCAGAGUGGCCACCGGGAAAUUGAGGGCAGGGUCACAGUGACCGAUUUUGAGAAUGUGCCGGAAGAGGAUGGGACUCGGUUCCACAGACAGGCGAGCAAGUGUGACAGUCAUGGCACUCACCUGGCAGGGGUGAUCAGCGGUCGGGAUGCUGGCGUGGCUAAGGGUGCCAGCCUGCGCAGCCUGCAUGUGCUCAACUGCCAAGGGAAGGGCACAGUCAGCAGUACCCUCAUAGGCCUGGAGUUUAUUCGGAAAAGCCAGCUGGCCCAGCCCACAGGGCCACUGGUGGUGCUUCUGCCCCUGGUGGGCGGGCACAGCCGGGUCCUCAACGCUGCCUGCCAGCACCUGGCGAGGGCUGGGGUGGUUAUGGUCACUGCUGCUGGCAACUUCCGGGACGAUGCCUGCUUGUACUCACCAGCCUCGGCUCCUGAGGUCAUCACUGUUGGGGCUACCAAUGCCCAGGACCAGCCGGUGACCCUAGGAGCCCUGGGGACCAAUUUUGGCCGCUGCGUGGACCUCUUUGCCCCAGGGGAUGACAUUAUCGGUGCUUCCAGUGACUGUAGCACCUGCUUUGCGUCACAGAGUGGGACAUCGCAGGCUGCUGCACAUGUGGCUGGCAUUUUGGCCAUGAUGCUGACCGCCGAGCCGGAGCUCACCCUGGCUGAGCUGAGGCAGAGACUGCUCUAUUUUUCUGCCAAAGGCGUCAUCAAUGAGGCCUGGUUCCCUGAGGACCAGCGAGUGCUGACCCCCAACCUGGUGGCCACACUGCCCCCCAGUACCCACGGAGCAGGUGGGCAGCUGCUGUGCAGGACUGUGUGGUCAGCGCACUCAGGGCCUACACGGACAGCCAGAGCUGUGGCCCGCUGUGCCACUGGCGAGGAGCUGCUGAGCUGCUCAAGUUUCUCCAGGACUGGAAGGAGGCGGGGCGAGCGCAUUGAGGCCCGAGGGGGCAGGCGAGUCUGCUUGGCCCACAAUGCAUUUGGAGGUGAGGGUGUCUAUGCUGUUGCCAGGUGCUGCUUGCUGCCUCAAGCCAACUGCAGCGUCCACACAGCACCACCAGCUGGGGCUGGGGUGGAGACCCACACCCACUGCCGCCAGCAAGGCCACGUCCUCACAGGCUGCAGCUCCCACUGGGAGGCGGAGGACCCUGACACUCGCAGGCAGCCUGUGCCGAGACCACAUGGUCAGUGUGUAGGCCACCGCAAGGCUAGUGUCCACGCUUCCUGCUGCCAUGCCCCAGGUCUGGAGUGCAAAGUCAAGGAACACGGAGUCUCAGGUCCUGCAGAAAAGGUGACUGUGGCCUGUGAGGAGGGCUGGACUCUGACGGGCUGCAGUGCUCUUCCUGGGGCCUCCCGUGUCCUGGGGGCCUAUGCUGUGGACAACACAUGUGUGGUGAGGACCCAGGACUUCAGUGCAGGUGGCAGGACCAGUGAGGAGGCCAUAGCCUCCAUCGCAAUCUGUUGCCGGAGUCAACUCUCCCCGGCGCUCCAGUGA